GAUGCGUGAAACCGAAGACAGAGAUCAUGAGUGGCUGUGCGCUCGGCUCUGACUUGUUGAACUUCUUCUUCUUAUAAUUCUUCUUCUUCAGUGUUUGUUGCUGUAUCUUCAGUUUGGUGAUGGAGCCCCAGAGGCAGAUUUACAAAAGACUGGACGUCCCGGAUCAUGUGCAUUACAUCAUCGCCUUCCUCAUCCUCAUCAUCGGCACGUUGGGAGUUUCGGGAAACACUCUGGUCAUGUUCGCCUUCUACAGUAACAAAAAGUUGCGGAGCCUACCAAAUUAUUUCAUUAUGAACCUGGCGGUCAGUGAUUUCCUCAUGGCCAUCACACAAUCUCCAAUCUUCUUCAUCAACUGCCUGUAUAAGGAGUGGAUGUUUGGAGAACUGGGGUGUAAAAUCUAUGCAUUCUGUGGUGCGCUGUUCGGCAUCACCUCGAUGAUAAACCUGUUGGCCAUCUCUAUCGAUCGCUACCUGGUCAUCACCAAACCACUGCAGGCCAUCCAGUGGAACUCCAAGCGCAGGACUGGUCUGGCUAUACUGUGCAUCUGGCUCUACUCGCUUGCCUGGAGUCUGGCUCCUCUAAUUGGCUGGAGUUCCUACAUCCCCGAAGGUCUGAUGACGUCAUGCACAUGGGAUUAUGUCUCUCCGUCUCCUGCCAACAAGAGCUACACCAUGAUGCUCUGCUGUUUCGUCUUCUUCAUCCCGCUGUCCAUCAUCCUCUACUGUUACCUGUUUAUGUUCCUGUCCGUACGGCAGGCCAGCAGAGAUCUGGAAAUGCUGAGCUCUCAGAAGUCCAGCUUUGUGAAGCAGCAGUCCAUGAGGAGUGAAUGGAAACUGGCUAAAAUAGCAGCUGUGGUCAUUGUGGUGUAUGUUUUGUCCUGGGCUCCAUAUGCCUGCGUGACCCUCGUGGCCUGGGCAGGGCACGCAGACGUUCUCACUCCCUACUCAAAAACACUGCCAGCCGUCCUCGCCAAAUCCUCAGCCAUCUACAACCCCUUCAUAUACGCCAUAAUUCACAACAAAUACAGAGCCACAUUAGCUGAGAAGGUGCCAGGUCUGUCGUGUUUGUCUCGGUCUCAGAAAGACGGUCUGUCCUCCUCCACCAACAGCGAUGCCUCCGCUCAGGACUCUAGCAUCAGCAGACAGUCUUCUGUGUCCAAGAACAGACUCCACAGCAUUAUGGUAAAGGGAGAAGUAGAACUGGGCCUGAUGGAGAACAGGCCAAAGGUGUCAUUUAAAGGCUUUUCUAGACGGCGGCUCCUCAAAUGUUCCUCACUGCUUUUAGAGAAGCCUCCAGUGCAGAUGAAGGAGUCUCUCAGUCUCUGUGAGCGAGAUCUGGUCUCGGGCUCCUUCUCCAUCGCAGCCACACCGAUGAUCAUGUCGAGCAAGCAGAAGAGCAGGAGUGCAGAUCUGAUCCACAGCGCAGCAGACUCACAAAACCCCAUGCAGAAGCUUCUGUCCAUUAGUCAACUCCAGCAGAUUCAUGAAGGAGAGGCCAGCUGAUCAAUAAACAAACCUAAAGGCUUGCAUUCAGUGCGGAGGAGAGAUGAUGAGAGAUUUAGAGGUGCGGAUUUUGAGCAUGAUGGUCAAAUGUUGACAACCGAGGUUGAUUAUUGAAACCUUUUUUAUUUUUGUAAAAUAAAUUGGGUUGUUUUUUAUUUAAAAUUCCUAUAUUUUCCUUUUGUUCUUGCAAAAUUAGGUCAUACUUUACAAGUCGCUUUUAUUAGUUAAUGUUAAUUAGCGCAUUUACUAAAAUUCAAUUCAUAAUAUGAACUAAUAAGGGUGGCAUGGUGGCUCAGUGGUUAGCACUGUCGCCUCACAGCAAAAAGGUCGCUGGUUCGAGCCCCGGCUGAGUCAGUUGGCAUUACUGUGUGGAGUUUGCAUGUUCUCCCCGUGUUGGUGUGGGUUUUCUCCGGGUGCUCCGGUUUCCCCCACAGUCCAAACCCAUGCACUAUAGGUAAAUUGGAUGAACUAUAUAGGCCGUAGUGUAUGAGUGUGAAUGUGGGAGAGUAUGGGUGUUUCCCAGUACUAGGGUGCAGCUAAAGGGCAUCCACUGCAUAGUAAUACUGAUGGAAUAGUUGGCGGUUCAUUCCACUGUGGUGACCCCUGAUAAAUAAGGAUGUAAGCUAAAGGAAAAUGAAUGAAUGAUAAUAGUUAAUGCUUAAGUUUAUUUGUAUACCAUGACCUAAUAAUGAACAGCAUGAUAAACUACGCUGAAGGAUAGUGAGUGACUUGUAUAUCAUGUAUUUAUCAUAAUUUAACAUUUACUAAUGCAUAAGUUAAAGUGAACUAUAAUGAAGAGCUUUACUUUUAUUAACUAACAUUAUCAAAGAUGUAUAAAUACGAUAAUAAAUGUAUUGCUGUACCGUGAAGAUGCUGGACAAUGGAGUUGGGGAUUCACGUGCAGUGUAUUAAGAAUCGACAGGCAGGCAAUUGUCAACAGGUACAAACAGUGUCAUGAGGGUAAUCCAGAAGCCAAUGUCACAGGCAAAGGGGUUAAUACAGGCAGGAAACAAUGUUACUAUAGAAAAAAGGCAAGGGUCAAGAAACAUGGAAGGACUAAACCAGGAGAACGCUUCGUAAAGUUCCAGGUAGACAACAACAAGACCCAGCCAAGUGUGUGAGAA